AUGGAAUGCUGUGAUGUCACCAGUCAUAUACAAAGGCACGAGGACACAUCCACACUUGGACUCAGCGGCCGAUCGACUCCCACUGCAGACCCUCCACACCCUGCUCGCGCUGGAUGCCUUCUCGUGGGGUGUGUGCGGCAGGGGUGAUCGCCAGGGCAACGGAGCAGCGGUAGAAGGACCGUUUGUGCCGAGCGGCCUCUCUGCGGGACUUUGCUCCUCUGGUCGCCUCUCCCCCUCGGAAGCGGUAAAAGCCCCCCCACAACACCGUCAGCAUGCUGCAGCAGAUCCUGCAGGACAUGUACGUGGACCCGGACGUCCUGGACGCCCUGAACGAGGAGCAGAAGAAGAUCCUCUUCCUCAAGAUGCGGCAGGAGCAAGUGCGCCGCUGGAAGGAGCGAGAGGAGCGGCUGGAGAAAGAGGCCACUUUGGCCCUCAGACCGAAGCCUAAGAAAGUCCUCAGUAAGAAUGUGAGCUGGCUUCUAGGCCGGGAUGGAGACGUCCAUGUCUCUGUGAUCGGAGAGCUGGACGAGCUGGACUCCUCCAGAGGCCCCCGCUCCGGUUUCGGGGAGAAGAAGCCAUCGAGUCCUCGCAGCAACAUGUGGGUGCCGUCAGAGAGUCUCAGGAGCAACUCGGUCAACAGGAUGCUGACAGAACCCGUUCGGACCGGGAGGGAGAACCUCCCGCCGGGCACACGGGACGGGAUCGAGCUCAGCUUCAGGGAGAACACAGAGGACUUGAGGUCAGGCCCUCACUUGCACCCCCUCCAGGUGCUGGAGAAAGAACAGCGGCCGCUGUCACCUGUGAAGGACGCGGAAAAGGUGAUCGAUUCAGGUGGUAUCGCGGACCCCCCGAAAGCCCUGGGUCCGUCCAAAGGGCCGCAACUCAGGAAUGUGAGCAAGACAUCUGUCACAGCCAAGUGGGACCUGCUGGACUCACAGGAGAGGCAUCUCGGUCCAGUAGUCAUGAGAGGCAAACUGUGUCCUCAGGACUCGCUGGAUCACCGCAGGGUGAAAGGCCGAGAUUUCCGCCUGGGCCCCGCCUCUUGCCGACCGGACCCCGACGGGGAGGAGGGGGGGCCCGCCGUGGCCCGGGGCCGAGUGGCGGCCCUCAUGAAGAACUUCAACGUGCCCAGCCGCUCCAAGCCCCCGGUGCCCUCGAAGCCCACCCACCUGCAGCUGCUUGCCUCGCCCUCGCUGAGGUGAUCCCGAGGGCACGGACGUACCUGCGGAGACGGACGCCCCUUCGCACGGCCUCGUGGGACGGCCGAGGGACAAGCGGCCGUUCGGGGCUUUCGCUCGUCCGUUCACACGAAUAUCGGCGACGCCAUCGAGGCGCUCCAUUUUUUCCCUCCCUUUUUUUCCACAUCGUUCUUGGUUCUCGGCUUUAUUUGCACGUAGCCUUAUUACCGCAGUGUUUUAUCCCUCUGUCAGAUGCUUUGGCUCCGCCUGUGAGAUCUGGUGACUUGCGUAUAUUUGACGGCGCGGCCGCUCGGCUCGGGUGUCGUGAAGCGCCGGCGAUCGGGCGAGGACGACUUGCCUGAGCCUGCUUGCAGAGGAUCGAUAGCGCCGGGCCGGUCCUCCCGCAGGAGGCGCCGCGGCCGACGAGCGACGGCGAAAGCGGCGGCCCGGACGGCACCAGCCGGACCGCGAUUAUUUCUCAAGUCACACUUCCCGUGGCCCCUCGCACGGCCAAUUUAUAUGCGUUCGCCUCCAUCGGCCUGCCGACGGGCACAACUCCGACCCCGGGGGUCAAAGGCUAGGGGGGCGAGUGGCCAUAUUCCUGGAGAAACCAGCUGCCGGGUCGCGCCGGAGAGUUGCUUUUAACCCAGAAGGAGGAUAAUUGUUCACAGAACCGGUCUGCAGGUUAUACGCCACUUUUAUGGAUCGCAAAAAAAAAAGAAAAGAAAACGGACGGAUGGCGGCUGCUCUGGUGAGCGCCGCUCGAACCCGUCACGUAAACGAGGCCAUUGAUCGGGGCCUUCACCUCCAAACUUUCAGCCGCUGUCACGUGACCUCGGGGUGCCGGCUCCGCCCACUCCGGGCGACCGCAGCGCGUUCCUGCGGUUUGAUCAGCAGUCAGCUGGAAGGUCAAUGAAACGUGUUUUCUUCAGGGUUCAUCCUCACUGUGUGUGCGUGCAUGCGUGCGUGCACACACGCCUCCUUUCAGCCGCUUAUGUGUCCAUCAUAUGUGUAAAGUGCAGUACUCCUUAUGUUACCCUUUCGUACAUGCGGGGGUGUGUGUUGUGUUCGGCGUGUGUGACGGCGGGACGUGCCCCCCGCCCCCCCACUCACCACUCCGUGUCACAGCCAUGUUGCAGCACCACAAUAAAGCAGUUGACC